AUGAGAGGCUGUGAGAGAAGCUGCAGCCGCCGGCAGAGGAGACCUCAGCAUCAUCUAGAGCCCAGCUCUGGCCCUGCCUCCGCCUGCCCCGCCGCCGCCACCGCCGUUUCUGUUUCUGCUACUGUCUCACCUAAACAACUCCCGUUACACGGACAAGUGAACCUCUGUGGCCGUCUUCUCCUCCUCUUCUUCCUCCUCUUCCAACUCCUUCUCCUCCUCCCACUUCCCAGCCGCAGCAGAAAGCCCCCCACCCAGCUGACACUGGCACCGCUGCAAACGGUGUCAACCGCACAACUUUAUCGGGCUCCCCUGAGGCAUUGGACGCAUCGCCUCUUCUCUUAUUUUUUGCAAAGUUGCAUCGCUCUACAUCUUUUCGCCCCUGCCACCUCUCUCUGCCUCUCGAGUGUCCUGCCGCCCCACAGCCUCCUCCUGGAGCUGCGCCCUAGUGCCCCUGCUGGGCAGUGGCCUUCCCCCCCCAUCCUCCCGCGCCCAGCCCCUGCCGCGCGGGGCAGACGAUGCUGAAGAUGCUCUCCUUUAAGCUGCUGCUGCUGGCCAUGGCUCUGGGCUUCUUUGAAGGAGAUGCUAAGUUUGGGGAAAGAAGCGAAGGGAGCGGAGCAAGGAGGAGAAGGUGCCUGAAUGGGAACCCCCCGAAGCGCCUGAAAAGGAGAGAUAGACGGAUGAUGUCCCAGCAGGAGCUGCUGAGUGGGGGAGAGAUGCUGUGCGGUGGCUUCUACCCUCGGCUGUCCUGCUGCCUGCGGAGUGACAGCCCCGGGCUGGGGCGCCUGGAUAGCAAGAUAUUUUCUGUCACCAACAACACAGAAUGCGGGAAGUUACUGGAGGAAAUCAAAUGUGCACUUUGCUCUCCACAUUCUCAGAGCCUGUUCUACUCACCUGAGAGAGAAGCCUUGGAAAAAGACCUGGUACUUCCCCUCCUCUGCAAAGAUUAUUGCAAAGAAUUCUUUUAUACUUGCCGAGGCCAUAUUCCAGGUUCCCUUCAAACUACUGCUGAUGAGUUUUGCUUUUACUAUGCAAGAAAAGAUGGUGGCUUGUGCUUUCCAGAUUUUCCAAGAAAACAAAUCAGAGGACCAGCAUCUAACUACUUGGACCAGAUGGAAGAAUACGACAAAGUGGAAGAGAUCAGCAGAAAGCACAAACACAACUGCUUCUGUAUUCAGGAGGUUGUGAGUGGGCUGCGCCAGCCUGUCAGCGCCCUGCAUAGUGGGGAUGGCUCACACCGUCUCUUCAUUCUGGAAAAAGAAGGUUACGUGAAGAUACUUACCCCUGAAGGAGAAAUUAUCAAGGAGCCUUAUUUGGACAUUCACAAACUUGUUCAAAGUGGAAUAAAGGGAGGAGAUGAAAGAGGACUGCUAAGCCUUGCAUUCCAUCCCAAUUACAAGAAAAAUGGAAAGCUGUAUGUGUCUUAUACCACCAACCAAGAACGGUGGGCCAUGGGGCCUCAUGACCAUAUUCUUAGAGUUGUGGAAUACACAGUAUCCAGAAAAAAUCCCCAUCAAGUUGAUCUGAGAACAGCUAGAGUAUUUCUUGAAGUUGCAGAGCUCCACAGAAAGCAUCUGGGAGGACAGCUGCUCUUUGGUCCUGACGGCUUUCUGUACAUCAUCCUUGGUGAUGGGAUGAUCACGCUGGAUGAUAUGGAAGAAAUGGAUGGGUUAAGCGACUUCACAGGUUCCGUGCUACGGCUGGACGUGGAUACCGACAUGUGCCACGUGCCUUAUUCCAUACCCAGGAGCAAUCCGCACUUCAACAGCACCAACCAGCCCCUGGAAGUGUUUGCCCACGGCCUCCACGAUCCAGGCAGAUGUGCUGUGGAUCGACACCCCACUGAUAUAAACAUCAAUUUAACAAUACUUUGUUCAGACUCCAAUGGAAAGAACAGAUCAUCGGCCAGAAUCCUACAGAUAAUUAAGGGGAAAGAUUAUGAAAGUGAGCCAUCACUUUUAGAAUUCAAGCCAUUCAGUAAUGGUCCUUUGGUUGGUGGAUUUGUUUACCGAGGCUGUCAGUCGGAAAGACUCUAUGGAAGUUAUGUGUUUGGAGACCGUAAUGGGAAUUUCUUAACCCUCCAGCAAAGUCCUGUGAGCAAGCAAUGGCAAGAAAAACCACUCUGUCUUGGCAACGGUGGUUCCUGUAGAGGUUACUUUUCAGGUCACAUUUUGGGAUUUGGAGAAGAUGAAUUAGGUGAAGUUUACAUUCUGUCAAGUAGUAAAAGUAUGACCCAGACCCACAAUGGAAAACUCUACAAAAUUGUAGAUCCCAAAAGACCUCUGAUGCCUGAGGAAUGCAGAGCCACAGUCCAACCUGCCCAGACCCUGACCUCCGAGUGCUCCCGGCUCUGUCGGAACGGCUACUGCACCCCCACGGGAAAGUGCUGCUGCAGCCCAGGAUGGGAAGGGGACUUCUGUAGAAUCGCGAAAUGUGAGCCAGCGUGUCGCCAUGGCGGUGUCUGUGUUAGACCCAACAAGUGCCUCUGUAAAAAAGGAUAUCUUGGUCCUCAAUGCGAACAAGUGGACAGAAACCUCCGCAGAGUGACCAGGGCAGGUAUUCUUGAUCAGAUCAUUGACGUGACAUCUUAUUUGCUGGAUCUAACAAGUUACAUUGUAUAGUUUCUGGGACUGUUUGACUAUUCCUUUCCAAUGGGCAUUUAUUUUUUAUCCUGUCAUUAAAAAGAACGACUGUUAUCCUGCUACACACUCCUGUGAUUUCAUUUUCUUUGAUUAAUUUAAAAGUCAUUUCCAGAAAUGUGCAGAUCCUGUGUGUGUAUAUUGGCACGUUUGUUCACAUAUGCAUGUACACACACACACACACUCACAACCCCUAGCGUGUGGUUGCAUAACAGAUGGGUUUUUUUAAAUAUAUAUUUUCUUGUGCAGAAUAAUUUCCCCGGAAAUCCCAUUGUAAGUUGAUAAUGGAAUUUUUAUGUCACCAGAAGAGAUUAUUUGACUUCCCAGGAAUUUUCUGUCAGUAAUCACUAAAGUCAACUUCAAUGGAGUUUUAAAACAUUACUGUGCAAUCUGAUGGAUUGAAUUUUAAAAGGCCAUAUUUUUAUAUUAAAGGACUAUAAUAUGAGAGAAUGUUUCAGAGCUCCCUGAUGAAUUUCUAAGUGGGCAACUUGAUAUAAAAUUGUAAUCUUCAUUUUGAUCAAUGUAUCCAAUUGCGGAAUGUUAACGCACUUACUUUUUUAUUGGCAGAAAAAUCUGGUUACUCUAGCUUAGUUUCAAGAUUGUUUUCAAGUGUUUUCUGAUUAAAUCAUAACAGCAUAUUCUAAAACCAA